AUGGGAACUUCAAGGCCACCUCUCAUUUUUGUCACACUCCCCUCCCAGAAUGAACAAUACGAGGUAGAAGAUGCCAAUAAUGACGGUGACUGUGUAAAUGGAGUAUUUGACUCAGAUGGUUGUGUUUGUACAACAGGAUUCGCUGGGGAAUCGUGUAAUAGAUAUGUUUACGAUUGUAAAGAAGCGCUUGAUACCGAGGUAUCUCUGGAACAAAGUUUAACACAUGUCAUGCUCAAACCCAAAAAUACAAAUCUGGCUUUCGAGGCCCUGUGUAAUAGCAACGGUCAUCUAGCUAUCCUUGCUCGAAAUACUUACGGAAUUGAUGAUGUAACAUUCAACAAGGCUUGGAAGGACUACCAAUACCCUUUUGGAACGGUCGGAAACUUUUGGCUCGGACUGGAAUAUAUUUACGCCAUGUUAAAUCAAGGAGAUAUCUUCAAACUUCAGAUUUACUGUCGUAAUUUAGAUUCUGAGUUCAGUGUGUUCUACGAGACAUUCAGUAUUCAGUCUGAGUCUAAUCGAUAUCAAAUGACAGCAGGGGUUAAGUUAUAUGAAUCUUACACCAAUGGUAGUGAUGGUUUCGGAGGUGGUCAAAUCGAUGUUCCAUUCUGUACUUAUGAUAGACCUUGUAACGGCUACCCUUAUUAUCUGAAUGGCGGAUGGUGGUAUGUAAGUGGUUUAGAACAAUAUGCUUUGACCAAUCAAAAGCCGUCCUUAAAAUUUAAAUAUCAGAAUAACGAUAUCUCUGUACACCAGGUGUCUAUGGCGCUAGUGAAAUUGUGA